UGGACUUCCAUGACUAGUUUGAUGUUCGGCCCAUUUUGAAACGUAGCCCAAAAGAUGGCCCUUUUUGCUUCUUUAGUCUUCGUCUUCCUCGGCCGUUCAUAGCAAUCGGUCGUCGCCCUUGUCUCUCACCAGUUAAUUGAAAAUCAGCUCGGUAGGUAUUUUCUUAACAAGACGACUACUAGGGGGAAGAAGAGGAAUCAUAAAGGCAAAUACUUGUGAAGGAAGAAUUCAAGACAUAACAGGAAUCUUUGAGGAGGUUAAAAUCAAGGGGAAGGAUGUCCAAGUCUUGCAAAGGUUUAGCGAUGGAGCUAGUCAAGUGUCUCAGCGAAUCUGAUUGUGUAAAGGUUCAGAAUCGGACUUACAGGGAAUGUGCUGGAGAGAAGAGUCCUUGCAUACCUAGCGAAUGUGUAGGAUUAAGGGAAACAUAUUUCAAUUGUAAAAGAGGCCAGGUUGACAUGAGGGCGAGGAUUAGAGGGAACAAAGGUUAUUGAAUGAGGGGUGGAGCUGAGCAAUUCCAUGAGAAGAAGUUUGAAACUUUGAAUGCGUUGAAGUUUGUCAGCAAUGACCUGUAAAAAUCUUGCCCUUCUUCAUAUAUUCAGUAACAUUCGCCUUCCGACUUCUUUCUUCCCUGAAGAGUUUUUCCAUUAAUCUGCUUAAAGAAGCCAGUGGACCUGUGGCCAAAGAUUUAGUCCUAAGUUAGUAUGAAUUUUGUUCCUUUUUGGGUUGGGUGAUUCUAUUUUCUCACGUUUUGGGAUUCUUACAGUAACUUUACCAUGGCUCUUCAAUAUUUAAGGUUUAUUACCAUUAUGCAAGUACAUACGCUACUAGUACUAGAAGAAGAAGGAAGGUAUACUUUCACUUGAUUGUUCAGUAACUUGUAUUCUUCUUGUGGUUACCUUCUUACAGGAAGAUGCUUGAGUUUGUAUCCUAUUCGAUGGAGUUUUCUUGUAGGUUUAAGGAAAAUUUUAUCAUUAUUUUAGGGUUCAUGGUUAAGUUGGUGGGGGCCAAGGGUUCUACUUGAAAUGAUUUUCUAUGUAAAGUACGUUGGAAAUCUUAGGAUAUGCUCCAUUCGGAAAGAAGGUUUUUUCUUCCUUUAUAAGGUCAAUAUAUCAAAUAUUUUUUCCCCCA